UCUAACAAAACAAUCAAUCUCUGUUGCAAACUGAGAGCAAGUUAACAGAAGAAAUGGAAGGAAAGCAUAUGAUUGAGAAGACUGGAAUGAUAGAGACUUGGUUAAGAAAGCACACUCUUCUGUACACUGGAGCUACCAGGCAUCCUUUUCUUCUCAGCAUUAGAGAUGGCACUAUUGAUCUCUCCUCCUUCAAGAAAUGGCUGGGACAGAACAUUAUCGUUUUUAGAGCACUUGUCCCCUUCGUAGCUAGUGUGUUGGUGAAAGCUUGGAAGGAAUCAGAUGACAAAUCAGAUGUGGACAUGUUGCUAAAUAUUAUGGCUUCCAUGAAUCAUGAGAACUCUUGUUUUAAAGAAGAGGCUUCAAAGUGGAGAGUUUCGCUGACUAGCGUUGUUCCAGAAAAGGCUAUCCUUGAAUACUGCAGCUUUUUGGAAAGCUUGAUGAACUCAGAAGUGGAAUAUGCAGUGGCCCUCACAGUGUUUGGCAUCAUGGAAACCGCUUUUUAUGAGGGCUUUGCUCAUUGUCUAGAAAAUGGGACUAAAAUUCCAGAGGAGCUGACUGAGUUUUGCCAAAGAUAUGGAAGUGAUGGCUUUCGUCAUCAGUGCCAAUCUCUUCAAAAUGCAGCUAAUCGUCUCCUGGAAAAAGCACCCAACGAGGUGCGCUCAAAAGCUGAAGUUAAUCUGGUGAAGGGUCUUGAACAUGAAAUUGAACUUUGGAAUAUAAGCCGCAGGGAGGUCUAAAUGCUGUGUGGGAAGACAAACCACUCUAGCUAGAUCUAAGCUAGUUCUUGCAAGUCCAUCAGAAGUUUAUGUAAUUAGCUUGUAUGUGUGAACUUUCCUGCAACUUAUGGCUGUUUUCAUGAGUACGGUGUGUCGCAGUGCUCAUUUUCGUUUGGAUGUCCUAAAAACUUUACUGAUCUGGUACUAAUGAAUCUCAUAUAUAUAAUUACUAUGUACUAUGUGAUAAGAGUAUACUUCUGUUUGUUUAUCAACUACAGAUGAUAUGCUAUGCAAAAUCAUUCAUUUACUUGCUCAUCACAAGAACAUUAUGCAGAACAAACUCUCCAGAUACUGAGAGCUACCCCUUCAAAGCAACUGAAGAGGUGGAAAUUAAAUAUCAAGAUUUCACUUGUUAGUAUGAUUUAUGGUAUAGUUUUAUGGAACUCAUGCUAUUUCAGAACUGGAAAAACUCGGCAGAAGUCAUGAUAGGCAUGGACUGUGAAGGCUGCCACAGGUUAUAAUACCAGGGUUCCUCAGCAGUAUUCACAGGAUACCCCUUCGCUGCAUCUAAAUAGCUGGUAACAAGUUCCGCUGCUUCUAAUCUUUUCCUCAGCUCUUCUUUCUGUGCUCGCAUUAUCCUGUUCUGAUUCUCAAUUGCUGUGAACUGUUCUGUGAAAUUACUAAUGCUCUGAUUAAUCUCAGUUCUUCUGUUCUUGUAGAACAUGAUCUGGUUAUUAAGAUCCUGCAUGUGCUGCUGCCUUUUCAUCCGUGAACGCCUUGCAGACUCGCGGUUUGAGAUCAUUCUCUUUCGCUUCUUGUCCUCUGUGAUCAUCAUGUAUCGAUCAUCUUCUUCAGAGCCAGAGCUGGGACGUUUUGCAUGAUCCAUCUCAAGCCUUUCUGUAGGAAUCCAAAGCCGGUAUGUUGCUCGAUUUCAAGUAUAUAUAUAAACCACCAAAAAAACAAAAACAAAAAAACAAG